CCCAUUUACUCAGCAAGGAUAAUAUUGAACAACCGUUUAGUAUCUUCAAUACACAGUUGUACAAGAUACAAAUGAGAGAUAAAUAAUUGUCACUAAGGUUAAUGAUUUACAGCGGAGCUUAUCUGCUAGCGGGCGGUGAUGGAUGAGGAGCAAACACAUCAGCUGACCUUUGGAGGAAAGAAGCGCGUAUUAGUUUAUCUGUUUGCUAUAUUCCUAGAUCCUAUAUUCAAUAUCUAUACGGAAGAAGAUUUUAAAAAACGAAUGUUAGCAAGAAUUAAUGACUAGAAAUAUUCAGUGCAGUCGGCAAGGUAGUGGUAAAAUCUGUAGAAUGAAUCAUUACAACUCGAACUUGUCUUGGUGAGUGUAUCACGUUCUUGGCGAUUAUUAUCAGCACAUCGUCACAGAAGAUGAUCACUACACAGUUUGAUAACUGGACAUCACACUCUAACUUGUCAGGAAAAGAAUCAACUGCAACAUGGCAAGUCAUAAAUCAGAUUGUUGUCUUCAGUAUUCUCACCAUGAUCAUAGCUGGAACUAUCUUUGGAAACCUUUUGGUAAUUGCUUCAAUCGCCUACUUCACCAAACUGCGGACUCCAACUAACGCUUUUAUAGUCUCCCUGGCUGUUGCAGAUUUCCUCGUUGGCAUUAUUGUAAUGCCUUUUAGUAUGAGCAAACUGGUCUUUGGAUGGUAUUUUGGAAAAACGUUUUGCAAAAUCCACACGAUCAUGGAUGUAAUGCUGUGCACCUCUUCCAUCAUGAACGUCAGCUGCAUUGCCUUCGAUCGAUUCUAUGCCGUGUGUUACCCCCUGAAAUAUCGGUUCAGGAUGUCUCAGAAAAGAGUGACCAUCCUCCUUCUGAUUUGUUGGUUUGUUCCUGCUUUGGUGUCGUUUGUGCCCUUGUUCCUAGAUGUCCAUUUGAGGGGUUUGGAGGCCAUUCUACAACCCCUCGAUCCACAAAGUUGUGUGUUUAUGGUCAAUAUUCCUUAUGCUGUCUCUGCUUCAGUAAUUGCCUUCUACUUUCCCAUGUUGGUGAUGCUAGUGGCAUAUGGAAAAAUUUUCCAAGUAGCAAGGCUCCAAGUCAGACAGAUAUAUAGCAUUGAAAAUGGGAUACAGGGAAGAAGCACUUUGACGAGGUUCCAAAAUUCUUCCAUGGAGAAAGAAAGGAAAGCAGCUAAAACUCUUGGCAUCAUCAUGGGAUGUUUCCUGAUCUGCUGGUUGCCAUUCUUUACUAUGAAUAUAAUCAACCCUUUGCUUGGAUACCCAGCACACCAUGUUCUUCUUGAAGUUUUUUUAUGGUUGGGUUAUGUUAAUUCAACUCUCAAUCCUUUGUUAUAUGCUUUCUUCAAUCGAUCUUUCCGGCAAGCUUUCUACAUGGUAAUUGGCUGUAAGGUUUUGGCCAACAAUUGCCAAAAUAACAACUUGUCAGACAGCACCAGACAGAAUACACAUCUUGCAACACUGUCACGUUAAGACUAUCUCCCCAUUUAGCCAAAUGAGCAAAAUCCGUGGGCAGCAACAUGAUUGUUGCAUAAAGCUGUUCGAUAUGUUUUGACUACAAUAAAGAACUUUUUUUUUCCAUCUAUUGAAAACUUGUGUUUUAUUAAACAAUGGGGUGUUGAUAUUGGUGAAAGUGUCCCAGUGCUGUAGGUGGUUUUAAAGAGCAAAGCAAUAACACUAAUGUGGUUCAAAAUAUUUGGUGAUGUUUCUUCUAUAAAUAUGGGUCAUUUUGCAAGAAAAAGAGCAUUAGUUAUAACUAUAAUUUCCUUUCUGUUAAACUUUCAUCCAUUUUGUGAAAUAACUUUGAUCAUUGUUUUGAUCUCUCUUCAUUAUGUGCUUAAAGCUUUAAAUUGUACAUUCAGAAUAAAUAUUAAUUUGUCUUAUAAAAUGGAUUUAUUCUCAAUUUUAAAAAGCACACUGUAUCUUGUGUUACAUUGUAAUGCUAUGUUAAAAAUACUCAAGGGAGUGUCUGAUAGAUUUGGUUUGAAAUUGUGUGAAACAACUUUUUUGUUGUGUGGAACUGGUCUUUUUAUUUCAGGGAAAAACUGCUUAGCCUGUCUAUUGAAUUCUUUCCUCUCUGUCCAAGUGUUUGACAUCUCCUUUAAUUUGGCUCCUGAAUUUGUGAGUACUUUGAAAAUAUUUUCAAGAUUAUUUACUACAUUAAAAGGACUUAAUUUGUUG